CGAGACCGAGGCGCCUGGCUUGCGACACACGACUCGUCUUUACGUGGCGGUGUCGCAUAAUUGAUUGUCCAUUCGAUACUGACAUUGAACGGCCGGUGCACGACGGCCGACCGGUCGAUUACAGCCAGUUAUUUGCUUACGGCUACCGGGGCAACGCGUUUCCGACGCUAAUCGACACACGCCCCGAUCAGCUGUCCGAGUGUCUACCUGCAUAGUGACAUGGCCGUGUUGUGUGCGAAUCGUGGAUCGAUUGUGUUUGUGAUGUAAAUUGUGGAAGCAGUGAUCUGAGUGCGAGCCAUGGAUGUGGUGAAGGAUAAACUGAGUGGCCGGGAGGAGUUCGAGGAGGAGGAGAUCACAUCGCGUCGCUGCAUGCUCGAUGAUUUGCAGUUAGCAGCAGAACUCGGAAAAACGUUGUUGGAACGAAAUAAAGAACUCGAGACAGCCCUACGUCAGCAUCAAAAUGUCAUCGAGGAUCAAGCACAGGAGAUCGAAUACUUAACGAAACAAACAGUCGCACUGCGGGAGGUGAAUGACUCAAGACUGAGGAUCUACGAACAGCUGGAGGUCAGCAUCCAGGACUUGGAGCGCGCGAACCACCGGCUCGCCGUCGACCAUGCAGGAGACAAGAAGCAUAUUAAAACAUUGUGCGCCAACAUCGAAACGUUGGAGGGCAAAUGCGAGGAGCUACAAAAGUCUGUCGACGACCUGAACGCUCAGUUAGAAAUCGCCAGGCGGCGAGCCGAGCGCAAACCUGAAAGCGAGAAACCCAAAGAGAAAGAAACAAAGCCUGAACCGGCUACGCCCAAUUCAAAGAAGCUAGAAGUGAGCAGUACGCCGUUAAAGGCUGUGGCACCUAUCCCAGAACUGACGAAAGAGGAUGAGGACUUGUUAAGGCUAAGCGAUGAGCUGCGAGAAAGCAAAGUCGCGUUCGCACAAGAGCAGAGGAGGGUCACGGAGCUUGAGGAGCAGCUGGCUUCCAUGGUCCAGGAGAACAACAGACUCACGGACCAGCUGAGGAACUGGCACCAGAGGGAGGAUGAGCCCAAGUCGAUGCAUGAGGAAUUCUCGAUCCUUGAAGAAGUUAGACAAGGUCAACUUUGCAUCAGAUGUCUGAGGGGCGUCGAGCGGGGCGAUGACAUGUCCUCGAUGCUAGAUGGUGACGACGACGACCGGAGUGCCAUCAGUUCCCUCAUCCUCACGCCCUCAGGGCAACACAGUCCUCGCGAGGAUCUCGUCUCCAACAAACUUGUCAAAUUCGACAAUGCUAAGGAGAAACUACUCCAGGGUAUAUGGGCAAACAAAGAAGACGGCCACGAUAACCCUUACAGAGAGCUGGUGCAGAAGUACGAAGCUCUGCUGGAAGUCCAGCUGUCGCAGGUGAAGAAUAUAAGGAAGAACAAGCAGACAGCGCAGAACCCCUCCGGGCCGUUGUCCCUCCAAGACGAGCUCCAGACCUCGGGCGACUUCUCCCAGUUCAGCGUAAAGGACACCGACGAAGAAAGCGGCCACGGGGAAGAAGCCCAGAAGGACACUCAGCAGAAGAAGACCGAACCCACCUCGCGGAAGAAGAUCAUACAAACCCCAGACUUCUCCGAAGCGGAGACCUCCAGCUCUGGCUUCUCCGACGAGACCAGCAACAAGGCCACGCAGACCGAACGCGAGCGGCCCGGCUCCUUCCUCUGCACCAUCGCUGACGGCGAGGACUACCGCUUCAGCAUCUACGAUGACGUCAGCCCGAUGGACAGCCGCUUCCGUAACAGGCCCGAAUACCGCGAAUUAUUCAAGGAGAUCUUCACGAUCCUCAAGAAGGCGGCCGAGAACAAGGACGAAGGGGAACAGUUGCCCCUUCUUGACGACACCACAGCGGGCAAAGUCCCACCUGUCACCCCCGCUACGGAAGAAGCCCCCGGCAACUUCACCGAUGACACCCAGAGCGUAUUUUCGUCUGUGAUGUCUGAACAGUCGAUUCCAGUGUCCGAUAUCACGGCCCCGGAGACCCCCACGUUGAUGGAGAAGGAAGUGAAAGAGACCCCGGCUCCCGAGCCCGUCAAGAAACAGGCGGUCGAAAGCAAAAAGUACAACAAGGAGAACAAACCAGUGGAAAAGGUCGCGCCCAAAGUUUCCCAAACCGAGAAACCGAAAGAGGAGUCCAAGAAGGAAAAACAGGAGGAUAAGGACAAAGAAUCGGAUAAGGAUAAGGAGCGCGUUCUUACACCGCUGGUGCGACAGCCGCUGGAGUAUAUCGCGGCCACUAGAAAGAAGUCCAGGCAUCGCAACCGCAAGCACAGCCAGGACCGCCAGGGCGCCGACUCCCCUGUGUUCCCGUCGCCGCCUAAGAUCACCUACCAGAAGUCCUCGAACAAGAAGCGAAGGGACUACAGACCCAUCGAAGCGAGCCCCCUUGUUAGGGCAGCAGAGAGCGAGUGGAACGGAUCCACGAUGCAAUUUUACAACAGGAAUAUGAACUCUCCCACACCCAGUGCGAGCGGCCGGACCGGAAAAAUAUACCAAGGGUGGAACGCAGAAACCGAUUCCUGGGAUAUAAAGCAGAGCACUGCGUCCCAGGAGAUCCACAAACUGAGGAAACUAGAGCUUUCUUACGCUGAAGUGUUAAGAAACGCCGAUAAAACUAAAACGAGGCGCAAGAAGCAUCAAUAAAUUAUUUUAUUAAAUCGACCCCUCUUGUAGACAGCAAGAGACGUGAUUCAAACGCCAUUUGUCUUUGCCAACUGGACAUAAGUACUUUAGAUUAGUAUGUAUUUGUGAUCUGCUAGCGAUACUUUUAAUUUGUACCUAUAUUAUUCAGAAUAAUAAAUUGCCAUAAUAUUAGCAGGUAUAGUUAUUGUAUACCGCAUAAUACAAUACAUAUUAUCUAUGUAUCAAAUCAACGAACGACAAUCCGUAAUACAAACUUAAUUAUUUCACACUUCCCUCCGAUUACAGUACACAUUUCUCAAUAACAAUAGAGAUUGCAUUUAUGAACAUUGUAUGUCCCAGAAGGCAUCAGUUGAGUACUGCAAUAGCUUGAUUUGGCAACAACUGAAUGAUUUUAUUAAUUAACUUCGUUCUGUCAUUAUUUAGUCACUAUUAUAAUUGUAUAUUAUGUAUUUUGAAUUUUAAUUUGUAAAUAUCAUUUUUUAAGUUAAUUAUAUUUUUUUAAAUUGCCAUGGAUAUUUGCGAGUACUCAAGGUUUUGUAUGGAAUUGUAUGCUAAAAUUAUUUAAUGCA